AUGUCCAGACCUUCAAAUAUACCCCUGAAUAUGCUCUACGGUACAGCAUGGAAAAAGGAACGAACAGCCAGUCUAGUCACCCAAGCUCUCCAAGCAGGCUUCCACGCCAUAGACACAGCCGCCCAACCAAAACACUACCAAGAGCACCUCGUCGGCAACGGCGUGCGUUCCUUCCUCUCAAUCAGCCAUCUCACGCGUCGAGACCUAUACCUCCAGACGAAAUUCACAUCAAUCGAUGGCCAACUUCCAGACAACCUCCCCUAUGAUCCCUCAACCAGUAUUACAGAGCAGGUCAAAGCUUCUGUUACCUCUUCACUACAUAAUCUACGACACAGCAAAAGACCAGAGGAGAGCUAUAUCGAUUGUCUGGUGCUUCACAGUCCUCUGCCAACCCUCAGCGAAACGAUGGAAGCCUGGGAUGCAAUGUCGUCAUUCGUUCCUACAAAAGUACACUCUCUGGGCAUCUCAAACACUUCCCUUCCAAUACUUCAGCACAUCUGGACAAAUAGCGCCGUCAAGCCAAAAGUGGUUCAGAACAGAUUCUAUGCUGCUACCGGGUGGGACGUUGCGCUCAGAGAGUUUUGCACGGAGACUGGCAUCCAGUAUCAAAGCUUUUGGACAUUGACUGGAAAUCCCAGGUUGCUGAACAUUCCAGUCAUACAGAGCACUGCUCAAGAGGCGGGUGUAAGCAAAGAAGCCGUGCUUUACUCUCUUGUGCAGGGUCUUGGUAUCACACCUAUCAACGGUACAACAUCUCACAUUGAGAGCGACGUCGCCGAAAUGUCGAAAUUGGAGCACUGGAAAACCGUGGAUCACAAUGCUAAGACUUGGGAGCAAUGCAUGGAGGUCUUGAGAUCAAUGCUCACAUAG